CUUAGAUUUUUAAAAACACAAAGCUCAGUUGAACUCAAGACGUCGAUUGAAAAGAGGAAGGGGUAGGGUUGGGGCUCCCGCUCUCUCUCUCUCUCUCUCUGGGGAAUCUUAUUUGAUAUUUGAGAAGAGAGGAAGAUGAGUAGCCAAGUGGCGCCUCCUGGGCCGAGGAGGAACAGUGUGAGCCAGAAACAACGCGGCCCCUCCACCGUCAAGAAAUCCGCUCCUCCCCACGACGGAAAUGCUUCCAAACCCUCUUCUCCUCCUGCCCCCCAAUCGUCUGUGGGUGGUGAAAGGACGGUGAAGAAGCUCAGGUUGUCGAAAGCCCUGACCAUUCCCGAGGGCACUACCGUUUCUGACGCCUGUCGGCGAAUGGCAGCUCGUCGGGUUGACGCCGUUCUCUUGACUGAUGCCAAUGCCUUGCUUUCUGGAAUCGUUACUGAUAAGGACAUCGCCACUAGGGUUAUAGCGGAGGGUUUGAGGCCGGAGCAGACGAUAGUAUCCAAAAUCAUGACGCGCAAUCCUAUUUUUGUUACUUCGGAUUCGCUAGCCAUUGAAGCUCUUCAGAAGAUGGUUCAAGGCAAAUUCAGACACCUCCCUGUUGUAGAAAAUGGUGAAGUUAUUGCCUUGCUAGAUAUUACAAAGUGUCUUUAUGAUGCUAUAUCUAGAAUGGAGAAGGCUGCUGAACAGGGUAGUGCAAUUGCUGCUGCAGUUGAAGGGGUGGAACGUCAGUGGGGAAGCAAUUUUUCUGCUCCAUCUGCAUUUAUAGAGACGUUGAGGGAUCGGAUGUUCAAACCUUCCUUGUCAACUAUCAUUGCUGAAAAUACCAAGGUUGCAAUUGUCUCACCAUCAGAUCCUAUAUAUGUUGCUGCCAAAAAGAUGCGGGAGCUGCGGGUAAAUUCAGUUGUUAUUAUGACAGGGAACAAGAUUCAGGGGAUACUUACUUCGAAAGAUAUCCUUAUGCGAGUGGUGGCACAAAACCUCUCUCCUGAAUUGACUCUGGUGGAAAAGGUAAUGACGCCAAAUCCUGAAUGUGCAACAUUAGAUACAACAAUUCUUGAUGCCCUGCAUGUAAUGCAUGAUGGGAAGUUUCUACAUCUUCCUGUUUUAGACAGAGAUGGAUGUGUGGUUGCUUGUGUAGAUGUUCUCCAGAUAACUCAUGCGGCAAUCUCUAUGGUUGAAAGUGGCUCUGGAGUUAAUGACAUGGCGAACACCAUGAUGCAAAAGUUCUGGGACUCAGCACUUGCUUUAGAGCCGCCUGAUGAUUAUGACACCCAUAGCGAGUUGUCUGGAUUUAUGGCUUCCGAUGGGACAGAACAAGGGAAGUUUACCUAUCCGUCUCUUGGUCUUGGAAAUUCAUUUGCCUUCAAAUUUGAGGAUCUAAAGGGUCGUGUACAUCGGGUCAAUUUUGGUACUGAAAAUUUGGAUGAGUUGGUAUCUGCUGUCAUGCAACGGAUUGGUGCUGGUAAUGAUGGAGAUUGCCCUAAGCUUAUGUAUGAAGAUGAUGAUGGUGAUAGAGUUCUACUUGCAACUGAUGCUGAUCUUGUUGCUGCUAUCAGUCAUGCUAGAUCAGCAGGACAGAAGGUUUUAAGGUUGCAUCUGGACUUCUCUGAUUCAAGCCAGUGUACAUCUACCAUCCAGAGAUCUGGGAGGGUGUCCCUUAGUUCUGGUGUUUUGGCGAGUGCAGUGGUUUUAACAAGCAUUGGUGUGUUGGUCUACUUAAAGCGCUCCAAGGUCUGAGAGCUUAUUCUGUUGUUUUCAUGGGAAGUUGGGCGAGGGAAAAAUAAUUCAUAGUUGGAAUUAAGUACACAGCAGAUUGCAAAUGCUAAUCGUUUUGUCCUCUUCUCUAGUAAUAGUGUUUUUACUUUUUACUUUCGUGAUGAAAUUGUGUCCCAUCUGGCAUCUACAUCACAUACUUCCACUGUUUUACCUGA